AUGACUGCCUCCGAGCCUCCAAGCUUCCCCUUCCUCCGGGCCUCCAACCUUGACCCCCCGGCCGAGUACGCCAAGCUUCGGGCCACCGCGCCCGUCUCCCAGGUCAAGCUGUACGACGGUAGCGUGGCGUGGCUCGUCACCAAGUACCGUGAUGUAUGCCAAGUCGCGACCGACACGCGCCUGUCCAAGCAAAGGACGCGGCCCGGAUUCCCAGAGCUGAGCGCCGGCGGUAAGGCGGCGGCCAAGAACAAGGCCACCUUCGUCGACAUGGAUGCCCCAGAUCACAUGAGGCAGAGAGGCAUGGUCGAGCCCCUUUUCGUCCUGGAGCACAUCAAGACGCUGCAGCCGUAUAUCCAGAAGACGGUCGAUGGCCUGCUCGACAAGCUGGCGGCCAAGGGAGGCAAGGAGCCUGUCGAUCUGAUUGAGAGCUUUGCCCUGCCCGUGCCGUCAUAUGUCAUUUACACACUCCUCGGUGUCCCGUUUGAGGACCUCGCCUUCUUGACCACGCAAAACGCCGUCCGGACCAACGGCAGCGCCACGGCGCAGGAGGCGGCGAGCGCGAACCAAACACUCCUGGGCUACCUCGCGGAUCUUGUGGACAAGCGGAUAGCAGAGCCCAAGGACGACCUGAUCAGCAAGCUGGCGACGGAGCAGCUCAAGCCGGGCCACAUUGAGAAGUCGGAUGCCGUGCAGAUCGCCUUUCUUCUCCUUGUGGCCGGGAAUGCCACCAUGGUGAGCAUGAUAGCUCUGGGCGUCGUCACCCUGUUCCAGAACCCAGGCCAGCUGGCCGAGCUCAAAGCCGACCCGUCGCUGGCGCCGGCCUUUGUCGAAGAACUGUGCCGGUUCCACACGGGCUCGGCGCUGGCCAUGAAGCGCGUGGCCAAGGAGGAGGUCGAGAUCGGCGGGCAGCGCAUCCGGGCGGGCGAGGGCAUCAUCGCGUCCAACCAGUCAGCCAACCGCGACGCCGACGUGUUCGGGCCCGACCCGGACGUCUUUGACAUGCACAGGAAGUGGCCUGGCGGCGGGCGGGACCCCUUGGGCUUCGGCUUCGGCCCGCACCGCUGCGUGGCCGAGCACCUGGCCAAGGCGGAGCUGGCGGCCGUGUUUGGCACGCUGUUUAAGAGGCUGCCGGGGCUGGAAAUUGCGGUGCCCAUCAAUGACCUGGAGUACACGCCGCUGGUGAGGGACGUCGGUGUCGUCUCGUUGCCCGUGACCUGGUGA